UUAGGUCCAAAUUGGGUAAAAAAACAUUUUACUAAGCAUUAAUACACAUCGACAAAACAAAAACAUUUUUGUAAUGUCUAUUCAUAACACCUCGUCUUCUUCUUUCGGCUUUUCCCGAACAGAGGUUGCCACAGCGGACCACUUAUCCGUUUGCCAAACACUCUCCAACCCAAUCAGAGCGACCUCCAUAAUAUUCUGCUUCCCGCGAACAGCGAAAGUCUUUAGUUAAUUUCCGGUUAGCAACCGCUCGGAAGUUGUCGGUUUCUAGGAACUUGGUUUGUCGGAGUAUCUAAAGAGAAGGAGUCACCGAUUACGUUUUUGUGGACUAGGUUUAUCCAAAAUGACUGACCAGAUCAAAUUUAUUGUGGAGCAGCUUAACAAAGAGCCUUUCAAGAAGAAUUUUAACCUGGUCACAUUUGAUUCACUGGAACCAAUGCAGUUACUGCAAGUUUUGAAUGAUGUUCUUGGUGAAAUAGAUCCAAGGCACAAUGUUGACCUGCGAGAGGAAAUGCCAGAUCAUACUGCAAAGCGCAUGUUGGGUCUUCUUGGAAUAUUGAAGUACAAACCCCCAGGAAAUCCUGCAGAUAUGAGCUUAUUUCGUCAGGGUAUUGUCCUUGGAAGUAAACCUGUUAUUCAUCCAGUACUGUACUGGCUGCUUCAACAAACCAGUAAACUCAAGAAACGAGCAUAUUUGGCACGUUUUCUUGUGAAAGUGGAGGUUCCUGAUGAAUUUCAGCAAGAUGAAAUUAUUGCCGACACUUACAAGCAGUAUGAAGAGAUGAUGGAAAGAUUCAAAGCACUGCAUAAAGAGUGUGAACAGUUAAAGACAUCUGGAUUUUCUACUGCUGCAUUACGAAAGGAUAUUAAUGCAAUGGAAGAAGAGAAGGACCAGCUUGUCAAGAGAGUGGAGCGACUUAAGAAGAGAGUGGAAACAGUGCCAAAUCAUCAACGUAUGCUUGAGCUGGCCAGACAGCUACGAGUAGAGAAGGAAAGAGAAGAGUCUUUAGCGCACCAAAAGCAAGAGCAAAAGAUUCAGUUAUUCCAUGCAGAGCAGAGAUUACACAGAGCCCAGCAGCAACUGAAGGACCUUAGCCAUGCAGCAACAGAUGCAAAUCCUGAAAGUGUAAUGAAACGAUUAGAGGAGGAAAUGAAAUUUAAUUCUUAUGUGGUUACUGAGAAAAUUCCAAAGGAGAUGGAUAUCAUAAAGAAAGCUGUGCAGUGCUUAGAAAAAGUAGUCAAGGAGCCUGCAAUGGGUCAGUCUGACCUUAAUGAACUCAGAGACAAGAUUCACAAAGUCAAUGCUGAGAUUAACCAAUUAACUGAAAAGAGAAUGAUGAGAAAAGAUCCUUUGGAUGAUAAACUUCCACUCUUCAGACAGCAGGCAUCCAUAGUUUCCCGUAAGAAGGAAGCAAAGGCAAAAGAGCUUCAGGAUGCAAAGGAAGAGUUGCUGAAUAUUGAACGAGAUCUGAUGCAAAAAGCAAAUCAGGCCCAAGAUAUUGAUGGUACUGGGAUGCUGAAAGGUGAUGAGUUCAAACGCUAUGUCAACAAACUUCGGACGAAGAGCACAGUGUAUAAGAAGAAACGUCAGGAAAUUGCAGAGCUUAGAGCAGAGAAUGGCGUUCUACAGAGAACAGAAGAACUUCUAAAACAGCAGCAUGAGAUCAUGCAGCAACAACUGCAAUCUGUUGAAGCAAAGUGUGGCAUUUCUGGCUACAGCAAUACCCAGGAAGAGCUGGAGAGGGUAUCCACCUUGAAGAGUGAAAUGGAUGAAAAGAAAGAACGCUCCCUAGACUUUAUGUCUGAGAUGGUGAAGGAAUUAAAUUCCAUUAUAGCUGAGAAGAAGUCUGCACUAGCCCCUGUUAUCAAAGAGCUGAGACCUUUAAGACAGAAAUGCCAGGAAUUAACAGAGGAGCAUGAUGAGAAAAAAAGGCAAUAUGACAGUUGUGCUGCAGGUCUGGAAAGCAGCCGAUCCAAACUUGAGCAGGAGGUGCGAGGAUUAAGAGAAGAAUGUGCACAGGAAGAAAGCCAAUAUCACUAUAUUAAUUGCAUGAAAAAGAUUAUAGAAGUGAAGAUGCAGAGAGCUGCUGAUGAAAUGAAAAUGUAUGCAUCUGCAGAUCCACAAGAAAGAAGAAGGGCAAUUAGAGAGCAGUACACUAGAAAUAUCCUUGAGCAAGAAAACCUUGGGAAGGAACUACGAGAGAAGCAAAAAUCUGUAAGAGAGAACCACGGCCCAAACAUGAAACAGGCAAUGAUGUGGCGUGACUUAGAACAGCUCAUGGAAUGCAAAAAACAGUGCUUUAUAAAACAACAGAAUCAAAAUUUGUCUGGUCAAAUUAUUUCUGGAGGAGGAGAAAAUAUUCAAGGAGGAGGAGAGAAUAUUCAAGACGGAGGAAAAGAUGUUCUUUUUCUGUGAAAAGUUAUUGAAUGCCUUCAGUUUCACACUGGCUUGUGAUUCCAAGCGAAGAAAAAUACUUCUUCAUUAUGCAUUCUGUGUCAUGCUUGCAGUUCCUCUUAAAUAAAACAUAUUUCAUUGCCAA